AUGUCGAAAAGAAGGUCGUCGUUGUCGCAGCUAUCGACACUAGAUGACCUCGAGGGCUUCCGAUCAGAGUCCAAGAAGUCCAUAGAGCUCACUAAGUGCUUUAGAUGCUCAAAGAGAAUUCCGACCCCCACAGCUUCCAGACGUCGAAGGUCUUCCUCGUCUGUGGUCUUCUCAGAAUUGAUAACUUCGUCGGAACCACUCCCCUUUACCAUGAAGCUUUCGGCAUGCUCGCAAACGUAUCAGAAGCAGAUCAUGUUGCCAUUCACGGCCUCAUUCAUGAAAGACAUAUCCGAUUCGCCCUAUUUUGCAGAAAUCAAUCUGAAUGAUUACUACAUUGCUAAAGAAAAGGAACGCAGGUCCAAAGGCUCGAAACGUAAAUUUCCCGGUCUCGAAAUUCCAAUCAAGGGCAAAUUACAGCUAAUUAUCUACAAUAACGAGAAAAGCGUAAGCUCGUUGUUGUUCUUUCCUUACGACUUAUCAAAUUUGAAAGAAAAUCAUAAAAAAAUCAUCAAAUUCCGCAAAAAUAGCACAAUAACGUAUGACUCAGAGUCAGACAAAGAUUUUAAAAUAAACAUCAAGAAGCUCCAUAAUGAGCUUGAGUUCAAGGCGCUGAACUACAAGAAUAAGAGGUUCUACCUGUUUGACUCACUUAAAAUUACAUUUGCUCCAGGCUUUUUGUCAGAAAACGUUAAGCUGCCAUUAAGCGCAAAUCUACCAGAUUUCAAACACCAUCAAAUUAACCCAAAAAUACCCCUAUACCCACAGAGCUCUAAGACUGAUAUCGAGACAGUCGAGUCUGGAGAAUACCCCGUCAACCUCUCGUAUUAUAUCCGCCAAUGUGCUCAUUGCAAUGACUAUGAAGAUGACGACGAUGAAUGUGUACAGUUUCCUUCUUUCACAUACGCUUAA